UCGGUUCAUUUGCUUUCACUUUCACGUUCUUUAAUUAAUCCCGUCGCCCACAUCCUUAAAACACACAGUUUUGGUCCGCCACUGCCCAGACAGUGAGAAAUCAGAGAGUUUAUCAACGGAAGGAAACUCUGGUUGUUUCCAUGGAAGAAGAAGCUGAAUCACGCGAGGAAGUCAUGCCAGACGUCGUCGUCGUUGAUGGGACUAACGGAGAUAUCGUCGCCGACAACGAUGUUUCAGAUCUGGGAUCCGUUGAAACCCUUGAUUUUCUUUCCCGGAAGAUUUUCCAGAACUGUUCCCUACAAAUGCCGGCAUCAAAAGUAAUUACACCAAAUCGCGGUCCGUCCCAACUUACCAUCUUCUAUGGCGGAAGAGUUUGCGUGUUUGAUGCAAUUCCUCUGGAAAAGAUGCAAGAGAUUAUGCUUAUUGCUACCACUGCUGCCGCAGCUGGUAACACUGUUGACAUGAAGAAUGAUGUAACUGACACUGCCACCACCUUAGCAUCGCCACGGGCUCAGUUGUAUCCUCAUUCUAGGGCUUCUCUUUGCAAACUGCAUGCUGAACUACCAAUUGCAAGAAGACACUCCCUUCAGCGCUUCCUUGAGAAGCGACGGGACAGGCUGGUGACCAAGAACCCAUAUCCUGGUCCAUCGAUGCCAACAAUGGGUGAUGACGCCAAAGCCAACCACAGCCCUGCAACUUCACCAGAGUCUGUCUGCUUUGGGACGUCACCCGUCCAUCAAGAAGAGCUCCAACCAAAAGCUCCACAUGUUGCCUAAGCUAAGCAUAUAGGAUUCCUUUAUAUAUAUAUAAUGAUAAAAACUAAAACCUAGCCGAGUUAUUACAGUAAAAUGCAAAGUGCACUGGAAUGCAUCUAAUCUGCCUUUGGAGUUAUGCGGAUGGCAAGUAUUAAACAGGUUUUAGGUGUGGCUAUCCACUUCCUUCAUGGGCACUUUUGAUGUUUCCUAAACCUGGACACUCUGUCUAAUAUAACAAACUUAGCUAUCUAGGAUUUGCUGUGCAUCUAUGGUUUCUCUGUUCUAUGGUUAUGUGAAGAUUGAUAAUUCGUGUGC